AUGGCCGCAAUCCCCAUCGUCAAGUUCCCGGCUCACGUGCCCGCGGUCGAGCUGCCGAGUUCGUCCGGCACGGUGUGGAGCUUCCUCUUCGACGCCAAUGGGACGGGCCAAUCCCCCUUCGUGAAAGGUUCGCCGACGAUGAAGGCGACGCGCAAGGACUUUCAGAACCGAUACCUUGACGGUCCGAUCCCCGCUGAGAAGCCCGUGUUCCGUGAUGGGUUGACGGGUGAGUCGGGAUGCGCCGCAGAAGGAUCGGACUCCGCGGCGCUUACCCCGGGCCGCGUUGCGCUGUCUGUGGGGUUGGGAGGGAUCUGGAGGGGUUGGGCCGCGGCGCAGGAAGGCCGUCAAUGAGACGCGGGAACUGACUCCUUCUUCUGACCGCAUCACAGGCGCCACCUUGUCCUACGGGCGACUCAAGUCCGACUCGCUCAAGAUCGCCUCAUCCCUCAUUCACGGCCCUCUUGGCUUGAAGCCGGCCUCACUGGCGAGUGCGGACCCCACAUCGAACCGAGGCGCCGUCGUCUCUCCCAUCGUGUUGCUGCAGCUGCCCAACUCGUUGCCGUUCGCGACACUCGCUUUCGGUGUGCUCGCUUCGGGAUUGACAGUGAGUAACCACAGACGGCUACUUACUUCGCAAACUUAUGACUAAAUCCGCUCCUCCGGCUCGUCUAGUUCACUGCCGUCAACCCGGUGCUCACCUCGUCUGAGAUUGCCCACAUUCUCUCCCUCUCUGAGCCGGCGGUCAUCAUCACUACACCUGCAGGCCUGCCGGCCUUCCAGGACGCUUUCCGAUCGUUGACCCCCGAUGUUCAAGCCCGACUUGGGUAUGCGACCAAAGGCAAUGUUUUCAUCGUCGACCUCUCCCACGACGACUAUGGGGCUUCGUCCGGGUCAAUCGGGCAGGUACGAGAACAAGUCAUCGGCGGAUGGCGAGUCCAGGAUUGGAAGGUGCUUUUGCCCCCGGUCGCUGCCGAGGAAGUCAUCUUUGAACCUCCUCGUUAUACUGGGUCCGAGGAUGCCGUUCGAGGUGCCGUCAUUUUCUGGUCGUCCGGAACGAGUGGCAAGUCCAAGGGUGUCAUUCUCGGCCACAAAGCCGUCGGCUCGGCAAUCGUCUCGGUCUGGCAUUGCGCGACGCUCGAAGCGAACGAGCGCCUCGUCGGCUUGCCUCCUUUUUACCACAUCUUCGGCUGGUCCAACGUCCUCAUGCCCGCCGCCGCGUUCGGAGCAACAGUGACGGUGAUCCAAAAAUUCGUUCCCCAGACCUACCUCCGCAUCGCUCAAGAGUGUCGAGCGACGCAUCUCCAUAUCGCACCUCCCGUCGCGGUCCUCUUCGCCAAAUCCCCCCUCGUUGACGGCUUUGACCUUUCCUCCGUCCGAGCAUGCACAUCUGGUGGCGCUCCACUGGGAUCGAGCAUUAUCACCCAAGUCUACAAACGUCUCGGGAUCCUCCUUCGAAUGGGUUAUGGCUUGUCCGAAACGUCGGGUGUGACGGGCCAAUCGGCACCUACAUGGUCCGAAUUGGAAUCCGAACUUGGUUCAACAGGCAAAGUCUUUUACGGCAACGAGCUCAAGAUCGCUUCCAUCUCUGAUCCAAGCAGAACCGCGACAGUGGGUGAAGAUGGAGAGGUUCUAAUUCGUUCGCCUUACAUGAUGAUUUCAUACCUCAACAACCCUGUCGCGACGAACGAAUCAUUCGAUGAUGAUGGGUGGUUCAAGACGGGUGAUGUUGGGAACCUCGAUGCUCGAGGAAACUUGCACAUCGUCGAUCGAAUGAAGGAGAUCAUGAAGAUCAAAGGGUCAGUCACCACUGCUGUAAUCAAUCACUUACUCUCCCGAUUAGUUGAACUGACACAAUUCACACUUUCAUGACUCAAGUUUCCAAGUCUCCCCCGCCGAACUGGAAGACUAUAUUUGCUCCUCCCCCCUCGUGCAAGACGCCGGAGUCUCCUCCGUCUACCACGAAGAACACGCGACUGAAUACCCCCGAGCCUACGUCGUCCCAGCGGACAAGUCACAUCUCCUAGGUGGAGCAGGGGCCGAAGUCUUUGCCCAUGCGUUGCGCGAACACAUCGAGGCCAAAGCCGCGCCUUACAAGUGGCUUCGUGGAGGUGUCGUCCUCAUCGAUGCGGUACCCAAAUCGGCGGCGGGCAAGAUCUUGCGUCGUAAUUUAAAGGAGUGCAAGGGUCAGCUCGUGCAUGUAUACGAGGACAAGAUCAGGGCCAAGCUUUGA